UCUGGUUUUUUUUUGUAUGUAUCAGACUCCUUGCACUUCAUCGACAUAAGCAACUGCGUUUCUCGUUCAAGGCUUGACAGUUCGGUCACAAUUCUUGGUGCGCAAAACUUGGUUUACCUGGAUCUUUCAGACAAUGGGUUUAUGGAUUUUACUGGCACAAUUGAUGGAUUGAAUGGAUUAAAAACUUUUAUUUUAUCUGGCAUCCAGUUGGACAGUUUGUCUGCCACAUUUUUUGACCCCUUCCAAAGACUGGACUAUUUAGACAUGUCAGAAACGAACCUAGAUCUUGAUUUUAUAAGUGCCAGCAGUGAAAGGCUGUUUCAGAAGCUGUCCGACCUCAAGACAUUGAGCCUGGAGAGAAACUCCUUGACGUUACUGUCACCUAACACCUUCUCAGCCAACCACAACAUCACCCACCUUCUUCUUUCCGGGAACCGUUUUAGUCGCGUGCCUUUCAACCUCAAAAACACACCCGAACUUCAAGUUCUAGACCUCCAAAACAACGCUAUAGUCUCUCUUGACCGGGAGACGACAGACACACUUGACCAGUUGGCAGCAGAUGUAGGCGGUUUUCAUCUCAAGCUUGGUGGAAAUGUUAUGUUGUGCAUAUGCGAAAAUGUCCGUUUUCUGUACUGGCUGGGGCACACAAGCGUUGUUCUUGACCGUGGCGGCAAUUUCAGCUGUUUGAAAAAUGAUGGGGUUUUGUCCUCUACCUCGGCGUUUGUAGAUGCUGUAGUCAUGUGGCGACAAUGUUCGGGUCAAUUCUAUUUCAACGUGUCCAUUUUCCUCCUCUGCACAAUGAUCAUCGGAUUUUUGACCACAUUUGUCAUCACAAGAAACAAAACUCUCAUCCUCUCAAGCUUGCUCCAGAUUUUCACCAAAUUCAAGGUUCUCAAAUCAAAAGAUUACAAGAUCGGGGUGUUCAUUGGAUACGCUGACCGCGAUUACGUUUUCGCGUGUACAGAGUUGCGACAAUAUAUUGAGGCCACACUGGGAUUGACCACUUACCUCCAAGACCGCGACAGCCUUCUGACAUUCGAUAUGGCCCAGGGGAUCGUUGAGGCCAUCAACUCGAGUUGGAGGAUCCUUCUAGUGGUCAACAGAGCGUUUCUUAACGAUGACCACUGGUCAUUAUUUACAAUAAAGUCAGCUAUUUACGCCCUGACACCGGCCAAUCCUGACCGUGUUGUGGUUGUUGUAGAUAAGCAGUUACUGUCGGAACUUCCUGGAGACCUUUUGAGUUUUGUGCCAGAGGACAACAUCCUCCCCGUGUCCCGAUGGGAGAUGACGUAUAGACUGAGAGAAAUGUUAAGGACACGGCUCCUGUAA